AUGUCGUAUAGAAUUGAAAGUGAGUUUAAAAGUUUCCAAAAUUGUACGGAAGCAGAUGUACCUGGUUAUAAUGAUUGUCCCAGCUUCUUAUUUUCCACUAACAUUGGGAGUGUACGGAAAAAGGGUAGUGCACAGACGGAUGGAGUAGUGGACAGGUAUGGUAAUACUAAGAGUGACACGGCAGUGCUGCCAAGUAAACGGAAGAAGACUAUUGCGAAGCCACGGGCUAGUAUUCUGGAUGAAGGGGAUAGAGUGGAAGCAGAGUCUCGAGAGGUUUUGAUGGGGAGAAUUGGCAAGUUACUUGAAGAAAAGACGGAAAUGUCGGAUAAUGAGUUUCAGUUUUACAAGACGAAAGUGCUCCAACAUUUGCCGACAACUCUUGAAAACGAAUCAUCGCUUACUUUAAUGACUCUUUUCUUUCAACAUUUGCAUACGGAUGUGGAGAAGGCCAAGUUAUUGCUAAUGCAGUGGAUGGUUUCAGAUGUUUCCAUUGCAAGGUGGUGCCCGGCGCUGCGCAAAAUACUGGAAAAUGCAACCUUUUGA